GAAGGUACGUCAGAGGUUGUGAAUCGAGAGGGAUUUUGGUACGAAAUUCAGUGGUCACGGUUCAACCUCAAAAUACGUUUUGGCUGUAAUUGUCUGCCUUUACAUUAGAAUCAAAUUCACAGGGAAGUGAAAUACAAUGCAGAGAACACAGAACAUGUCAAACAGUGUACUUCUAUGGAGCAUUUAGAGCCGUUUUGCUUUCUAUAAACUAGCUAUGAACGUGUUCCAUUGUUUGCUACCCAGCUAAUUGCUAACUAGCUAGCAAGCGUAUAGCUUUUGAUAGCUGAAAAAACACAAAUAAAGAGGCACCACAAGUCAAGUGACUAACGCAAAAUGCCGGAGAUAAAACUCAAGCACGUCGUGUCUUGCAGCACCGAAGACAAUACUCACAAGGCUGACAACCUGCUGAGCUCAGACACAUACAGGAAAUGGAAAGCAGCAAGGCCAGGGGAGAAACAAACCUCAGUCAUUAUACAGUUUGAGAAAGAAGAGCAGGUGCACAGCAUAGACAUAGGAAAUGAAGGGUCUGCUUUUAUCGAGGUGCUGGUGGGACACUCAACCUCUGUCAAAGACCAGGACUAUGAGGUUCUGCUGGUCACGUCCUCCUUCAUGUCCCCCACGGAGAGCCGUAACGGCACCAACACCAACCGUGUACGCUUCUUUGGCCCUAACCAGCUGGUGAAGGCUCAAGCCCAGGAGAAGUGGGACCGCGUGAAGAUUGUGUGUAGCCAGCCGUACAACAAGAGCAUAGCAUACGGAGUGGCCUUUGUGAAGUUCCAUUCACCACCAGACAAAAGUGAUCCACCAACCACAACACCCCCGAAGUUGACCAAGCUGGGCCAGUUUCGGAUGAAGGAUGAGUCCCCCUUGGCUGGCCCCAGUCUACAGCCAGGCAGCCUCUUCUUCAACAGAGAGAGCACCUCCAAACCCAGCCCAGCGCUCAAGAUUUCGCCACAGACUGAGAAGCUCAGCUAUGCAGCUGCCGCCCUGCAGUCUGGUCUGGGUCUGGUCACUCAACAGCCCCACCGUCCUCCAACUCUCCCCCACCACAGAGGCUCAGAGAUGGAUCAUUCUUUCAAGCAAGAGGCGAUGUUACUCACUUAUAAAUGUGUUCACAUAAGUGCACCAGUGAAGAGGAAGUUUGAGUUCAGUAAAGAGCGCAGUCUGUCCCCCACUCCUCCCCCCUCAAAGAAACCCAGCCCCAUGGGCUCCCCUGAACGGGGCACUACCACCCCCAAACCCAAGGCCAAAUCCAGCACAGCCACUACUCCCAGCCCCAGCACUGCCAAAGCCUCCCCUGCCCAGAAAACCCCAGACAUCAAGAAGAAGGAGAGCCUGUCCAAGCCAGAAGCCAAGACCAGACCCAAGCCCUCCAAAGCCCAGUCCAGCUCCUCCGAGGCCCCCGUCUCCCUCAACAAGAUCAUGGAGGGGGUGGUGUUUGUUCUGAGCGGCUUCCAGAACCCCUUCCGGGGGGACCUGAGGGACAAGGCCUUGGCCAUGGGGGCCAAGUACCGCUCCGACUGGACCCCCGACGCCACACACCUCAUCUGUGCCUUCUCCAACACCCCCAAGUACAGCCAGGUGAAGUCAGCAGGGGGCAUCAUCGUCCGGAAGGAGUGGGUGCUAGACUGCCACAAGAGGAAGCAGAAGAUCUCCUUCAAACGGUAA